AUGGUGGCCCCGGCCUCUGCGGGAGGUUCCUCGACCCCCGGACAGCCUCCAGCGAGCCGUCAGCCCGCCCGAUCGUCCAGUACGCAUCCAUCGCAUUCUCAUAAUGUCCCCUUGAGCGCCCGACGAUCCGCUCCCCUCGACCUGUCCACCGUCGAACGACGCGGCCAGCCCAAUGCCCCUCGCGAACCUACGAAGCGUGUCCGACCCCAUGGCUUGCAAGAAGCCCCGACCUUUCGUCCGACAGAAGAGGAGUUUAAGGAUCCCGAGGAAUACAUUCGCAAGAUCGCCCCAGAGGGGAAGAAAUAUGGCAUCUGCCGCAUCAUUCCCCCCGAGAACUGGCAACCUCCCUUUGCGAUCGAUACCGAGCGAUUCCAUUUCAAGACCCGUCGUCAAGAGCUCAACUCGGUUGAAGGAGGUAUGCCCCCGCGCUCAGCCACAUCUGCUGCCGGUGGAACUCCGCAGCCUCGUUCUGACCCGGACCCAGGAACUCGUGCGAACUUGAACUAUCUGGAUCAGUUAGCCAAGUUUCACAAGCAGCACGGUACCAACCUCAACCGAUUCCCCAGCGUUGACAAGCGUCCCUUGGAUCUCUACAAGCUGAAAAAGGCCGUCGAGGUUCGGGGUGGUUUCGAACAAGUUUGUAAGAUGAAGAAAUGGGCGGAGAUCGGUCGCGACCUUGGCUACAGUGGCAAGAUCAUGUCGUCCCUGUCAACGUCGCUCAAGAACUCGUACCAACGAUGGCUUCAGCCUUACGAGGAGUAUCUGCGUGUAGCCAAGCCGGGAGUGCAACAACAGCUGGAAUUGGAGCAUGGUGGUCCCUACACCCCGUCUCCCCAUCAAUCGCCGAUGGCGAAGAAGCCCAUAUUAUUCGAUAACGGCACUCCCUCGUCGACGCCCCAAGGUCCAGCCUCGAUGACCCCGAAUCCUCAGAAGGAACCUGAGCCAACUACCGAAAAGCCCACCCCGCCAGUGGAACCGACGCCGCCUCGGCCAGUGGCUUCUGGCUUUACGCCCGUGAAUGUCAGCUCUGGCUUUACUGCUGUUAAUAGAUCGCCCUCCUUUGUAGCUGUUAACAGUGGCCCUCCUGUGAAGCGGGAAGCCGAUAAUGGUUCCAUGACUCCGAAGAGUAUCGCCGAACAUCCUUCGUCAACACCUGUCUCCAACGGUCAUGGAAGCCAGCAGAUGAAACGCGCCAUCAGCGAGAGUGGUUCGCAAACCGAGAAUGGGGAUGAUCCGAACGGUCGUCGGAGCAAACGUCUCCGAAAAGAUGGUCCCAUGCCUACCGUAGCGGGCUCAAAUAUGAGUCUCCUUCGACCUGCCCCGCCACGGGCGCGCAAAAGCGACAGUAGGAAAACUGGUGAUAAAUGCGAGACCUGUGGCAAGUCCGACGAUCGUGAGUCCAUUCUUGUGUGCGACAGUUGCGACAAUGGAUUCCACAAGUACUGCCUUGACCCGCCUCUUACAACUGUUCCCGAGUACGACUGGCACUGUGCCAAGUGCCUGGUCGGGACAGGAGAGUUUGGCUUUGAGGAAGGAGGAGUUUAUUCCCUCAAGCAGUUCCAAGAAAAGGCAAAUAAUUUUAAGCAGAGCUACUUUGCUUCGAAGAUGCCGUUCGACCCUGUCCUGAACACGCAUCGCCGCGAGUCCGAGGAUGAUGUAGAGCGGGAGUUCUGGCGAUUGGUGGAGAGCCUGACAGAGACCGUCGAGGUUGAAUAUGGUGCCGAUAUCCACUCCACUACUCAUGGGAGUGGGUUCCCUACAAUCGAACGGAAUCCCCUUGAUCCUUACUCCGUUGACCCUUGGAACCUGAAUGUCCUCCCUUUCCACGGCGACUCCUUGUUCCGCCAUAUCAAGUCAGACAUCUCUGGUAUGACAGUGCCGUGGGUCUAUGUUGGAAUGUGCUUCUCGACUUUCUGUUGGCACAACGAGGACCAUUAUGCCUAUUCAGCGAAUUACCAGCACUUCGGCGCCACAAAAACCUGGUAUGGUAUUCCCGGUGCAGACGCUGAAGCGUUCGAGGAGGCCAUGCGACAGGCAGUGCCCGAACUGUUCGAGGGCCAACCGGAUCUUCUCUUCCAACUUGUGACCCUCAUGCCCCCAGACCAACUUCGGAAGGCUGGUGUCAAUGUCUACGCUCUGGACCAGCGGGCAGGACAGUUUGUUAUCACUUUCCCUCAGGCCUACCACGCCGGCUUUAACCAUGGGUUCAACUUCAACGAAGCCGUCAACUUUGCUCCUGCUGACUGGGAACCCUGGGGUGCAAUGGGGGUCGAUCGCUUACAGGCCUUUCGACGCCAUCCAUGCUUCUCUCACGAUGAACUCCUGUUAACGGCUGCGGCUCGCGAUACUACCAUCAAAACUGCAAGGUGGCUGGCCCCAGCGCUCCAGCGGACAUACUCGCGGGAAAUCGCUGAGCGCGCGUCGUUCCUUGCCCGACACCGAGAUGUUGCCCCGCAUAAGUGUAACCUUGGGUCUAGUGACCCUGGAGCCGUUGCGGACUGCCAAUUGACACUGGCCGUCGAGGACGAGGACCUUCCAGAGGAGGACUACCAGUGCCAGUUCUGCAAAGCCUUUACUUAUCUCACACAGUUCCGUUGUCAUAAGACUGGAAAGUCUGUCUGCCUGAUGCAUGCGGAUACCUAUGACUGCUGUGGAGAAUCGCUGGCGCAGCGGUUACUUGGCCCCGACCACACCCUGCGUUACCGGAUGAGUGAUGAGGACCUCAAGAGCCUGGUUGAAAAGGUCCAGGAGCGUGCCCGGAUGCCGGAAGCAUGGAGCGAGAAGGUUGACAAGACCUUGGAAAACGAACCCAAACCCCAAUUGAAGGUCCUUCAUAACCUACUGAGUGAAGGUGAGAAAAUCCCAUACCAUUUGCCUGGCCUCCAAGAUCUUGCGGCCUUCGUCCAGCGCUGCGAUAAGUGGGUUGAAGAAGCAACCAAUUACAUUACCCGGAAACAGCAGAACCGGAGGAAAAACGAGAAGGCUUGGCGCAGAAGUACUUCUAAGGCGGCGCAGCUGGAGGAACGUGAUCGUGAAGUUCGCAGAGUAGAAAACAUCUACGCCCUUCUUGCAGAGGCUGAUAAACUGUCGUUCGACUGUCCACAGAUGGCGGCUCUGGAAGAGAAGACCCGCGAAAUCGAGAAAUUCCGCCAGGAAAUUAACGUUGCCCUCAUGAACCCACAUGUCCGAUCGGUCCAGGAAGUUGAAGAACUAGUGGAAUCAUCUCGCAAUUUCAACGUGGAUAUCCCGGAAGUCGAAGGUCUGGAACACAUCCUCCGGCAGAUGAAGUGGAACGAGGAAGCUCGCCGCAAGCGUGAUCAAUACCUGACCCUCAAGGAAUGUCACGAACUCAUCCUCGCUGGCGAGCAAUUAGGCCUGUCGGAAACCAAUGAAUCGCUUCUUCAUUUCAAGGAUCUAUGCCGCCAUGGCGAGGCCUGGGAAGCGAAAGCCAAGGAAUUGAUGUCAGUGGAAGCUGUGCACUACCAGCAGCUCGAAGCGCUCUCCGCGCAGGCAUCCCGGUUCCCCGUCUCCCCUGAGACCCUCGCGGCGGUGGAUGCCAUAUUGACCAAGCAACGUGAAGCGCAGAAGAGGAUCCAGUCCCUAUACGAGAGGAGUAAGGACCCGGAUUUGAGGAACCGGCCUAAAUAUAAGGAGGUCCGUGAACUCAUGGAGUCUCUGGAGCAGCUCAACAGCCGUCCCACGGGAGCCCUUGACUUGGAACGAGAGCAGAAACGCCAUGAAGACUGGAUGCGGAAAGGGAAGAAACUGUUCGGAAAGGCGAAUGCACCGCUGCACAUUCUGAAGUCCCAUAUGGAGUAUGUGGAGAAGAGGAAUUCGUAUUGCUUCGAUUUGGAAGACCGCUGCCGGCCCCCUGUUGAGCCCGCAUCUCGAGAUAAUAGCCCUGACGGCUUACUUGAGAAUAACAACACAACCAGCAUGUGGGGCGGUGGAAAGUCACGAAAGCGGGAUGUCUUCUGCAUUUGCCGACAUUCAGAGGCUGGAAUGAUGAUAGAAUGUGAAGUCUGUCAUGAAUGGUAUCACGGGAAGUGUUUGAAGAUUGCCCGAGGCAAGGUCAAGGAAUUUGACAAGUAUACGUGCCCGAUCUGCGACUGGCGCCAAAAGAUCCCCCGGGAUGCCGCUCGUCCGAAGCUUGAAGACCUUCAAGAGUGGCAGGCGGAAAUCGCAAACCUCCCAUUCCAGCCGGAUGAAGAGCAAAUCCUGGAGAAUAUCGUCAAUCAAGCAACCACCUUCCGCGAUUUCCUACAAAGCUUCACGAAUGCGGCUUGUACCACGACCGAGGAAGUGCCUACGUUACUCUUCUACUUGCGCAAGAUAGAAGGCGCCGAAGUCUUGUUAGCAUACGAAACCAACUUCUUCCGACAAGAAAUCCAUAAAUGGGCUCCCGUGGCACCAGAACCGCCUCCGAUCUUAGAGCAAUCGCUGUCUACGAGAAAGCCGCGGCCAACGAAGCAACAGAAGAUCAUGGCUCAGCUGGGUGUUGAACGCCCGGAAGACCUCCCACCACAUCUUCGUCCUCGACAGACCUCUCGCAAGUCAAUGGAUGCAACAUCAGUCAAACCAACUGGGCUUCAGCACCCACCACAACAUCCAGUCGAUGGCUCCAGUUCCGAUCCGGGCCCGAAUGGACCGACAUUGACUCCAAUGGUCGAUACCCAGAAUCCCCCUUACCCUUUCUCUGCCAAUUAUUCUCUGCCUGAGAGUGAUCCUACACCCGCCUUUGCUCCCGGCUCUUCAGCUUUCCUUCCCGCACGGCGUUCCCCCUCGUUCCCGGCUCGUUCGCCAUCGCCGCAUCGUCAAGGGCCGGAUACAGCGCUUUUCAGCUCCCCAAGAUUUAACCGAGAUAACAACGAUGGUCCUUUGGGGGUUGAUGUCUACAACCCGAACGCCCUCGGCAGCAGUCCUCGACAGAACUUGGACGACAUGUUCGCGGACUUGACUAACCAGGACGCGGAUCCGGAGCCGGAGCCGGAGUUGGAGCCGAUGGAUAAUACCCAUGCUAAUGAAGCUCUCGAAGCUCUCGACGUGAGCAACGGUGAUCACUCGGAAUCCAUGGGGGACGAAGAAUCCCCCGACGACAAAGAAAAUGGGGACAUUCAUGGUCAGACCGAGGUCGAUGCCGGCACUGGAAUCGUUUGA